AUGUCUUUUGUAUCUUCUUCCAAAAGAAUCCAAAAGGACGCCUCUGACCCUCAUGAGCCAAAGCAUCAUACGCCUGGCGCUGCACGAGGAGGACGGUCAGAAAUCCCAACCCCAACAUCCGAGGAGACACGCUUUGACGGACUUCUUACUGUACAUGUAGCACAACCAGAAGGCCGUGCCUCAGCGUCAGGGAGGCCGAGAAGUGAUCAAUCUAAUAUCACACAAUCUGCGCGACCAGGAAGCCCAUUUACAGCAUCUAAAAAGCCUCGAAUCACUGAGCCCCAAUCCGCAACAGCAGGGCCAUCAACCUCGUCGAUCUCGGCCUCGGAAGACGCUGCGGUUCCUACAUCUGCAUCUACACAGCUCAUGGGUGGUGGCGGGACAACUGACACAGGAUACAAUUUCGCUGGAGGAGGUGGCGCUGGAUCUUCUGGAAGGGCAACGACACGAGACUGGUUGACCGAGCUCCCACACCGGACCAAGUCAAGCCGACAUAUGUAUGCUGCUAUGGACAUGAUCGUUGGGAUGGCAGUAGCUGCACCUGAUGAGAACAACAGAGGUGCCGAAGUCUUCCCGCUCUUCAAUGGGCCCACGCCUCUAUCUUCCGAAAAGAUCGCGGAAGAAGUUGGUGUCUCAAGCUCUACAGUGUCCCGGUCGAAGGCCGAGGGAAUUGCGGCUGGGAUAGGAAGUGCAGGAAUAUCCCACGGUACGUACGACACGCAAGACAAACGCGACCAAGUUUACGCCCUUUUCAACGAAGGUAAGUCGUACAGGACCAUUGUGACGAUAGCAGACGUUCCAAAACACGUAUUGGAACGAUGGAAGGCCGAUGGCCUGGCCGCUGGACGAAUUAAUCCUGAAGCAACUUAUGAAAGCCGCAUAGCAAUCAGCAGGCAAAAAGUUAACCAGCUGUACAGUCAGAACGAAAAGAUAUCUCUCGCAGAGGUUUCGCGGGAAACAGGUGUACCAAAAACAACGAUAAGUAGUUGGAGGCGCAAGAAGAUUGAAUCCGGAAUCACAAAUCUUGAACCGAGCGGCUCCAAGAGCUUUGCUGAUAUUCAAAAUAAGUCUAAAAGGGCUGAGGCUUACGCUCUACUCAUACAGGACAAGACUAUGACCAUAAAAGAGGCUUCAAAGAGGGUAGGAGUUACAGAAUCUAUGGUACACCGGUGGAAGGCCCGGGAUGUUGCCGCUGGCACGUUGCCGCCUGGGCUAGAUGUCCAGCGUUUUCGAAACCGUUAUGAACCCGAAAAGAGGAAAGAAGUCCAAGACCUGCUUCGUCAGAGUUUACCAGUCAAGCGAAUUCACGAAAUCACAGGAGUAGGAAAGACUACAAUUUGGAAAUGGAAGGCAGGGGAAGACGCGGCAGGACCAGACAUUUCAGAAGAAGGUGCAUGUUCUGAAUAUGAAACUUCUGCAGCUCCAUCGUCUAAUCUUCCAAAGGAAUCCGGAUAUUCCUCAGAUGCUUUGGUACAUAUCCCUAGAAAUAUGGCGCCAUAUCUUGGUGAUAUCCCCUUUGAAGGCAGUAUUGGGCUCACUAGGAGAUAA